CUGUACAGUGCCUGCCACAAGUACCGCAGGGAGGUAGGUACCGGCAUCUAUGUACUGAGUGGCCAAUCAAUCGGAAGCUGUCUGUCUGUAUUCUCCGGGUAGGCACCGAGGGCAUCUACUCGGGUACUCCUCUGUGGUGAAAAUUAGGUACCUCGUACGGAUUACUCCGACGGAACUGUGAAACAGAAAGUGGGCUCCCCAAAUACCCGUCAUCGACGACAUCACGAUGGUCGCCGCCCAUCACUACUAGAAUCGCUUCACUAUGAACCACGAAUAACUCACAGCCCCUCUAUUUCCACCUCCACUACUUAAACCUGAGACAUAUCCCUGGCGGCUUUACUCUCCAAUGGCUUCUCCCAACCCCAAAAUGCCGGGCAUCCAAGCCCUCCCUCCCGAGCUCCUCACCCACAUUUUCAGCUACCUUGACCGGCCCGCACCGUCCGAUUCCCGCCUCCACGAUGAGCCGCAUCCUGCCAUGCUCAGGAACGAGCCGUCAUCCAACUUUCUCAAGACCAUCUCCCUCGUCAGCAAGCGAUGGCGCACCACCAUCCUACCCUCCCUCUUCCGGCACGUUCGGUGGGCCUUCGACCGCUGGGACCUGCUAAUGGUCGAGCCGGGACGCAGCGGCGCCCACGAGCCCGAUCCCGCCUCCGCCCUCCCGCUGCUCGCCUUCCUCCGCGCCAACGACCUCGGGCGCCACGUCGACACCCUGACCCUGAUCAUCGGCGACAGCAUGCAAGGCAUAUACCGGCUGACCGAGUCCGGCCGGCCGUCCGACACGACCGUCCCUCGGCAUGGUAGCCCGACUGCCGGACCGGCGGAACAACCCUCGUCGCCGGUACCACGGCCCAUGUCCCUGGCAGAAGCACAGGCGGGCCGGGGCGGCGGGCAACGUCCCGGUCGGCAGGCACGAGAGAAGAGAUACGGCGAGGAUAGCAAUUGGUUCUGGGAGGUGCUGUUUGAGACCAUGGAUCCCAGGCGGUUCACCAUGAUCGCGUCGCCGAGGAUGCUGUCGAGCCUGCUGUCCCGGAUGCUGUUCGUGGGAGAUGCGUGGAGCUUCAAAAGCCAAUGUCACAUCUUGUCACUAUCAAGAGAAGACAGGAGGGUGCCCUUGAGCGACGAGGUCCCCUCGGACCAGUACAGCCCCACCGAGAACGGACCAAGCAUAGCCACGCAGGCCAGUUCCUCGACCGAGACGGCAGCCGGAUCAUCGUCCACGACAGGUGACUGCCCAGACACGCAGUGCCACAAUCCCCCAGAACGGAUCCGCAGCGCCCUCUUCACCAUCCGGCCGUGGACGUGUCUGCUCCUCAACGAGGGGUCCUCGAUGCCCGUCUACAAGACGUACGAGUUCUUCCUCAAGCGGCCGCCGUCGAUCCUGGGCGCCCUCCUGGGCUGCGAGGAGCCGCCCAACGACGCCCCGCUGGUCCCGCCGUCGGUCCGCUCCCUCUCCUACGUCGCCAUGUUCCCGCUGUCGUCGCACUUCAACACCCUCGUCGGCCACCUGCCGCCCCUCGACCGCCUCUUCGUCCAGCUGGUGCCCCGCACCGCCAUCCUCGACGACCCAGACGAGAUGCGCUGCAUCGACGCCGGCGACCUGUGGAUGGAGCGCAACACGUGCUACAGCCUGGUCAUGCGCCGCCUGUUCGACGGCGGCGCUGCCAUGGACGACGACGACGACGACGAUGAUGCCUUGAGGGUGGAGCGGCCCGCGCGCUCCAACUGGAUGAGCCUGCGCGAGUUCGAGAGCGGCGACGCCGCCGACAAGGAGGCCUGGGACAUGGCGGUGUACUUUGUGAGCAUGAACCGGUCAGCCUGGCGCGUUGAGCGGGAGGGCGUGUUCGUCAAGAAGGGGCCGCCCGGUGGACAGGGGCAACAGGAGGAUGAGGAGGAAGGGAAGGAGGGUGACGGCCCUCCGGCAAAUCCACCCAACUUCGCCAACGCCCACUUAUUCGGCGACCUGAAUCCAGAGGAAGGCUUCGAGCUAAGCCAGGGACUCCUAGAACGACUCGCCUUUAACGGCACGGCGCGCCUCCAGUACUCGGCAAUUGGUCAAUAUACUGCGAUGGGAUGAAAACCCAAGAGAGGGCGGCCACGCCAGGGUUGCUCCCAUCGGCUAGGCGAAACAACAUCCGACGCAGCCCUUCGAGUCUGGCGUCGGCCUGGGUGUUGUUGGUAGUGAAGCAUACAGGAUGGCAAACGUGGUUCAAGACGAAUCGCUUCGCUUGUACAUGCCAAUAUAUGAAUUACUCUAUAUAUGUCCAACCCCAGAGAGAGCACGACCAUGCGAGUGCCUUCACUGGCAAUGUAGUCUCCGUGCUUUCUGUAUGCGACCUUAAGGCCAAGCUUGCAUCGUCGAUGCAUUCGAGACCUCUUUAUGCCAUUCCGUAAUCAAAAAG